GAGAGAGAAAGACAGAGAGGUGGGGCAGAACAAUGGAAGAGAGAAAAUGAAAGAGGUAGAAAGGUGUAACAGUGUGUUAGUAACGCUUUAGUUUGUUCAUAGAUGAAUUGUACACAGGCCAACUUCUUGUAACACUAUUAUAUGAUACUUGACCAGUCUAUCGUUUUGACUUUUUAGAAUAUAUUUACAAACAACAGUACUCAGUUUUUAGCUUUUUAAGCUGUGAUUUUCUCAUAAUGGCAGCUACAUUUUUCGUUAUUAAAUUGCCAAAGCAAGAAUCAUGUUUGUCAAAACUUGAACGGAGCACUUCAUCAAGUUCUGAGCUGUUGUUAGAAACCACACCUAACUCUGAUUUAUUAUUAGGGGAUAACACCACUCGUUCUUUUAAUAAUAAUGUUUCUUCCACAAAGCUUUGUGAAACACCCAAAAUUGGCUCUCCAAAAUCAAGCAAUGACAACACUAUUACAACUCUGGUUUCUAACAAUAUUGAUGUUUUGGAUCAGGAGUACAGCAGAUUGACAGGAAACGAUGAUGUUGACAUGCAAAUCAAAAUCAGUGGUUUGGACAUUAAAGGUCAGGAUAACAAUAAAACAAUGGCUCUCUCAAGUUCCGUAUUAGGUAACUUGAGUAAGGUGCCACCUCAGCUGGGUGCAAAUUCUCAAGGUCAAAUAGCAAAACCACAGAAUAGAUUCCAAGUAACACCUAUAGAAGAACCUGGACAUGAAAUGCUGGAUUUUAUCCCUAAGGAAACUCCUGAAACGAUGGUGAAGGAUAUUCUGGAAGAAUCUUCAGUAAAAAACGAUAUCUGGACAGAUUCUGAUGCUUAUAAGCAAAUUACAUUUAUUGAUUGUGGUGCUCCUGCCAGAAUUGAAUACAUAUUGAAGAGACUAAUGGCAAUUGGAAUUGGUCAGAAACUCAAAGAUUCUUCCAUCAGUGUUUUCCCAGCAUCAAUACAUGUUGAGACUUUUGACCCAAAAAAUUCUAAAGAGGAAAGUAACAGUAUAAAGAAAGAAAAUGAAAGCAAUUUCAAGAAAUCUGUGAAGUCCCGUCUAGUUGUGGCACAGGUGGUAGAUUCCGUCCAUACUGGUGCUGUUUUUACAUUUGACUAUUGUAUGCUCAUAAUUUUAGCAAGUAUGAUUUCUGUUAUUGGUUUGGUAGAAAACAGUUCAGUUGUUUUAGUAGCCAGUAUGUUGAUAUCACCAUUGAUGGGCCCAAUACUGGCAGGGACUUUUGGUAUUGUGAUCCAAAAUUAUUCUUUACGAAAUCUUGGUCUGAGAUCGGAAUCAAUUGGUCUUGCAUUGUGCAUUAUCUGUGGGUUUAUCUUCGGACUAAUCAUUGGUUCCAUCCAACUCCAAGGAAUGACAGGAUACAUUGAUGAAUGGCCCACUAUGGAAAUGAAGUCCAGAGGUAUGGGUCGUAGUCUGUUGUUUGGUAUCUUAAUAGCACUCCCAUCCGGUGCUGGAGUGUCUCUGUCUGUUCUGGGUGGUAACUCUGGGCCACUGGUUGGAGUUGCCAUAUCUGCCUCACUACUGCCACCUGCUGUCAAUGCUGGAAUGCUGUGGUCAUUUGCUUUACUUUCAGUCAUCAGUCCACCAAAAACAACUCCACAUGACAAUACCACUGCUGUUUCAAUUAAUGCCCACCCUUUAGGGUGCUUGCCAUUUCAAGACAAUGCUUAUACACCAAUGUACAGCUGUGACAUGGCCAAAGAAAUGGGAAUCAUGGGAACAAUAAGUCUCCUGCUCACUCUACUUAACAUCGUCUGCAUAUUCCUAGUUGGUGUUGUCAUGUUGAAGAUGAAAGAAUUUGUGCCACUGGCUUCAACAGAUAAAACAGCAGAAUUUUGGGGGCAUGAUAUUAAAGUGGCCAGGGAUACCUACAAGACUGUGAAGGGCCCUGAAUGUCAGAAACUUUUAGAGAAAGAAAGAAACGAGUUUAAAUUGAGGUGCAUGAAUCAACUGUCAGGGGAUCCAACAGGCAAAUUUGACUCCAGUUCGAAGGUACAUGAAACCAAACCAAACAAUAAAGUCACCCAUGACAAUACUCAUACUUUGCAUGACUCAAAAUUUCCCAACCCUGGGGCGAUUGAGCUAUCCCCAGGGGUUAGAGUAGCACAACCAUUAUUUCCUACUUCUCCAGAGCACAUUCCCGUUGAAUUCUUUACUUCGCGAAGGCAUUUUUCCUAUGAAUUACAACACAGCCGUAGCAACUCUGAAGAAGCGAAUGAUAAACAUCAGAAAUUUCGGCUAGAACCACUUUUCCAUGUGGUGGGCAAGGAAAAAAUGUUUACUGUUACCCCUGUACCAGAUGUCCCAAACACCCAUCCCAUAAGGGGGAAGAAAGUUACCAAAUGAUCCCAGAGGAAGUGUAAGUAGCAUUGCUGAAGCAAGGGAUGGCUGUAGUGUGUGUAUGCAUCGAUACUUGUGUGUGAAUUAGUGGGAAGAAUGUGUAAGGUUAGUCAGUAAUAUUGAUUUUAAAUUUUGGCUCAAGGCCAGCAAGUUCAGGGAAGGAAGUAAGUCAAUUACAUCAACCCCAGUGUUCAACUGCUACUUACUUUAUAGACCCUGAAAUGACGAAAGACAAAGUCAGCCUCUGCACAAUUUGAACUCAGAACAUAAAAGACAGAGGAAACGCCUCUAAGCAUUUUACCCAGUGUGCUAAUGAUUCUGCCUUAAUGUUAGUCAGUAACAUUAACUCUACUCUUAUCUGCAAGCCUUGGUAAAGCGGGGAAUAAAUAUUUGUGAAGGUAUGUGUAUGUGUAUGAAUUGUUGGACAGGAUGUGUAUAGUGAGUGAUAUACAGUCAGAAGAAUGUGUAAAUAUGGAUGUGUGUAUGUGUGUGGCAUUAACUAGUGUAUUUCUAGUAGCCAGAAUGUACAGUGUGCACAUGGCUAUAUAUGUGGAAACAGUGUAUAUUUGUGUGUAUGUGUGUAGGGGGUUAUCUGUUCAAACAGUGUAUGUUUGUGCAUCUGUAUGCUUGUGAUUGUGUAUUUAAAAAUGCAUAUAUUUUAUGUAUAUAGGUGAAAAUCAUGAUGAUAUUGGUAUGCAUGUGUAGUUAUCUUUCCAUAAAAUAGGAAUAUGUGUAGAUAUAUAUAUGUAUGUAUGUAUUUUAGACACAUGUUUCCUUCAUGUGGUUAUGUUUGAAACUGGAGACAUAACGUAUGUAUAUAGCAAUAAACAAC